AUGCUAAAUAGUAAAAUUUAUUAAUCACCAAAUUCGACAAAAUACACAAACUCUUCAUUAUUAUUAUCUUCAGUUUAUGGAAGUUCAAGUAAGAGGAUUUCAUUAUUUUUUAGUUUCUCCUAAUAAGCCCAAAAUAUAAGACAUUAGCCUCAAACUUUCAUAAUUAUAGAUAAAUGAAUAAUUUUCAUUCAAAAAGGAACCUUAUGAAGAAAAAUUAAAUUAGAUAGAUGAAAAAUAUUAAAAAGCAUAUUUAAAUGAUGAUUAACGAAUUAUAUCAUUCUAAAAUUAAUUGAAUAAGAUAGGCGAGAUGUUAACAAACGAAUAAAAAAUAAGAAAUGUAUUAAAAUAAAAUUUAUUGAUAGAAUAAUAUUGAAAAUUUUAGAAAGAAAGAUUUGAAACAAUUAGAAUCGUUAGUUUAGAAUGAACUAAUGAAAGAUUAAAAAAAGAGAACAGAUAAACUAACAAGCAUUAGAAAUUAGAUGGAUGAGCAAUCUCAUUAAAUAAAAAUAAAAUUAGCUAGACAAAGAGAAUAUAGAUAUGAUACUUAGAAUCAAUAUUAAAAUGAUAUUGAGAUUAAAAUUAAUUAAGUGAGAGAGAAUGUCGAUAAUGAAAGAAGAGAAAGGUAAGGAGCUUAUUUUUUAUUUAAAGAGACCUACAUUGUUAGAAUAUGAUAAGUAGAAUAGGCGAAUAAGUUCUAUAGGUUUAGGAAAUAUUAAAUAUAGAGAAAUAAUAAAGGUAAGACUCUCAGAAUCAAAUGUAAGUGAUGAUUAAUGAGAUUACAAGCAUUUUAUCAUUGUAAUUAGCUGAAGAAAAAUAAUAAAGAGAUGAAACAGAAAGAACAAUCAUAAAAUUAAUAAAUGAAACUUGUAAUAGAGUAGAGAAUUCAUUGAAAAUGUGA